GCGCGGCCGCAGGCUGGGAGCUGGAGCGAGGGCGGUGGCUGGGACCUUGUGCAGGCGGAGCAGGCAGGACCAGGGCGAUGCUGAGGGUGAGGUGUCUGCGCGGCGGCAGCCGAGGUGCCGAGGCGGUGCACUACAUCGGAUCUCGGCUUGGAGGACUCUUGACAGGAUGGGUGCAGCGAACUUUCCAGAGUACCCAGGCAGCUACAGCUUCCUCCCGGAACUCCUGUGCAGCUGAAGACAAGGCCACUGAUCCUCUACCCAAGAACUGCCCCGUGUCCUCUUACAACGAAUGGGACCCUUUAGAGGAAGUGAUAGUGGGCAGGGCAGAAAAUGCCUGUGUCCCACCAUUCACGGUGGAGGUGAAGGCCAAUACAUACGAAAAGUACUGGCCAUUUUACCAGAAAAACGGAGGUCUGUAUUUUCCCAAAGAGCAUCUGAAAAAGGCUGUUGCCGAAGUUGAGGAAAUGUGCAAUAUUUUGAAAAUGGAAGGCGUGAUAGUGAGGCGCCCUGACCCCAUCGACUGGUCGCUGAAGUAUAAGACUCCGGAUUUUGAGUCUACAGGUUUAUACAGUGCGAUGCCUCGAGACAUCCUGAUGGUUGUGGGAAAUGAGAUCAUUGAGGCUCCCAUGGCAUGGCGGUCACGCUUCUUUGAGUACCGAGCAUACAGGUCACUUAUCAAAGACUACUUCCACCGUGGCGCCAAGUGGACGACAGCACCCAAGCCAACCAUGGCUGAUGAACUGUAUGACAAGGAUUAUCCCAUCCAUUCUGUGGAAGACAGACACAAAUUGGCCUCCCAGGGAAAGUUUGUGACGACCGAGUUCGAGCCAUGCUUUGAUGCCGCUGACUUCAUCCGAGCCGGAAGAGAUAUUUUUGCUCAGAGAAGCCAGGUUACAAACUUCCUGGGCAUCGAGUGGAUGCGUAGGCAUCUCGCUCCGGACUACAGGGUCCACAUCAUCUCUUUUAAAGACCCCAAUCCGAUGCACAUCGAUGCCACCUUCAACAUCAUCGGACCUGGCCUUGUGCUCUCCAAUCCUGACCGGCCGUGUCACCAGAUUGAUCUUUUCAAGAAAGCAGGAUGGACCAUAGUUACUCCUCCAUCACCAGUCAUCCCCGACGAUCACCCGCUCUGGAUGUCAUCCAAAUGGCUUUCCAUGAACGUCUUAAUGCUGGAUGAGAAGCGUGUCAUGGUAGACGCCAAUGAAGUCCCAAUUCAGAAGAUGUUUGAGAAGUUGGGCAUCAGUACCAUCAAGGUUAACAUCCGAAACGCCAACUCCCUGGGGGGAGGCUUCCACUGCUGGACCUGUGAUGUCCGGCGCCGAGGCACCCUUCAGUCCUACUUUGACUGAGCGGGCAUGGCGUGGCUCUGAGCACGGCCUCAGAUAUACCUAAGAAGCAUAGCAGCAAGGCCCAUUCUCUCGCUUUAAUAAAUGCAUGAACUGUAGUGCUUUGAACAAUCACGUCUUUAACAGGGUUCCCAGGCCUGGGUUACUUUUCUUUGACACAAGGAAGAUUACUCUUACUAGGUUCACUUUCUUCUCCCAAGUUCUUUACUGCUUGGCUUCAAGCAUAAAAGCUGAGUAAAUGCAUACCAAGGCAAAAAUUAGUCACUUGAGUAACUUGGCCGCUAAUAUUUAACCAUCUACCUCUGUUUUUAAUUUUCUUUCCAAAAGGCAGCUUGAAAUGUCAAUCUAACCUUAUUUUCCUCCCUUUUUG